AUGGCAAAAGCAAUGGCCCUUGCCGUCUAUAUUCCAGGUCUCUGCCGGCAAAUCGAGUCAAUGAAGAGAAAGUAUCAGGAGAACGAUGAUCCCCCAAUUGACGACGAGUUAGCUAUCAUUCGAAUGAUUUUAAAUCAAGUUGACAAGGGACGUCAACAAAAUAUCAAUGACUCUCAUGCUUCAAAAGCUCCAUUACCGACGCAGUCGACACCUUCAUCGACACCUUCUCCAGCCGAAUUUUCUCAAGCUUCUCCUUCUGAACCAGCUGCGCCAGGUCCACCAACCAUUCAAGAAGCGCCAACUACCUCCGGUACAUCUCUACGAACAGGGCUCCGCCCACCAUCGCAGUCGACACCUUCAUCGACACCUUCUCCAGCCGAAUUUUCUCAAGCUUCUCCUUCUGAACCAGCUGCGCCAGGUCCACCAACCAUUCAAGAAGCGCCAACUACCUCCGGUACAUCUCUACGAACAGGGCUCCGCCCACCAUCGCAGUCGACACCUUCAUCGACACCUUCUCCAGCCGAAUUUUCUCAAGCUUCUCCUUCUGAACCAGCUGCGCCAGGUCCACCAACCAUUCAAGAAGCGCCAACUACCUCCGGUACAUCUAGACGAGCAGGGCUCCGCCCACCAUCAAAGCGAAAGCGAACAACUGCAGUUCAAGAACAAGCAUCCCAAGAAGAAGGAGCUCAAGAAUUUGCUCUUGAUGAUGAAGUUUUUCCAGCCAGCUCCAAGAAAAAAAAGUCGGAGAAAUCAAAACCGAAGGCUCAAAAAGCGGCUUCUAGAAAAAAGGCGGAAACUAGUAAUACGCCGAAAAAUAACUUGUCUACUGCUGUUAAAACGUCCCCAAAUAUGCCCCAACUCAUUAAUGUCACUGAGAACAACGGCAGCCGAAAGUUCUUAAUUGACGAAAAUGGCGUACGAAGAGAAUAUUAUGGCUGCGCAGUUCGCCAUGAAUCAGAUACAGUGAGAGUGUACUGCACAGCUACAGGUGGUCAGAAGAAGAAAUGUAGUGGGCGGCAUAUCCUCAAACUCCGUCAACCAGACAUAAUGAAAACUUGGUAUUCGUCUUCCGAUGGCCGACCCGUUUGCAAGCUAAACAUCGACAAUGCUUCCACCUUGAAGCGGGAAAAUUAUGAAAUCAUCGAAAGUAUCUCGCAUUCAUGCCUCGAUCAAGCUGCUGUGCAAGACCAAUCGAAAACUCCCCGACAAGAUGAAGGACCAACUUCUGAGCAAGAUCAAGCUGCGACAUCCGAAGAGGGCGCCACAGGUGACUUCAUCGACCUGACCGACGACGAUUCCGAACCGGACGUGAAAACUGAGAAGAACGAUUCCGCCUGA